AUCACGCAAUAUACACAAACAAACAUGAAUCACGAAUUCUCUGUUCUGCUGUGGUGCUAAUAUUUUACUUUUCUUUUAGCAUAUUAUGGAGUAAAUAGUGGAAAAUGGAAACACACGUAUCGUCAAAUCAUUUCUACGCAACGCAGAUCAAAGAGUACGGCAUUUUUCUGAAAGAUUACGACCAAAAGCUAACCCAGCUUCAUCUACCAGCUCUUGCGGAUGGUCCUGUGCGGAGUAUUGUACGAUUGGAUUAUGCGUGCAACAAUGAGCAACUGUCUCUCGCUCGCAUGAUAGCGAGCAAUAGUAUCAAUAGUGGAAAGUCGAACAACUCAACUCCCGGCAAUAGUAACAUACCGCUGAACAAGAUUUUGGCCACCUUUGCACAAUUGUGCUGUGAGAUCGAUUGUUUGGAGCAAGAGGUGCGAACCCUAGCGGGCAAUAUUUACGAUCGUACAGAAUCGUUCCGUAAUGCUGAAAGUACGGAACGUCCACCGGUACUGUGGAUUGCUGACAACAUUGAUCUAAUGGGAGCGGUACAGUGUCAUUACGAGCGAAUGCGAGAUGUUGGCGUUCUGUUGCUACGCCAGAUCGGUGCCUUUUUUGAUGAAGAAGCUUCCUAUGGGCGUGCCAAGCGAACGAAAAAGAUAGGCCUUGAGGGAAAGUCUCCUCCAUCGCUGGAAGUGGAAUAUCUGUUCGACUACAUCGGUAAACUGUUACGGGUCGUAAUGGAGCUAGAUCACAUACUAUGGAAAACUUUCCUCAAAGCACACUGGCGUUCCUUCGCCCAAAAACUACGCCAAGCGUCAAAAAUCGCCCCAUCACGUACGGUUGCUUAUCAUGAUCUAUUGAGUGUGUGUCGAGCGAUUGGUUUCUGGAUUGGUGAUGAAACAACACCAGACAUAACGGGAGAAAAGCGUCUGCUUGAGGCACUGUACAAGGUGAAAACGCGUUUCGAUCCCGUUUGCUCCGGGGAAGCAUUUAGCGAUCGGUUUAUGAAGUUUCUAAAGCGCAAACUAACCACCCUUGCGUCGAGCGUACGAACCACCACUAAUGGGAUUGAUUUCACACAAUCAAACGACAUCAUUGGGGUGAAUGUGCUGUUAAACUUUGCGUUGUACCUCUUCUUACCGAUCGAGCAGCGUAUGUUGAAGAAUCUUUUCGAAUUAAAUCUCAAGUUUCCACUGAUACCACUGGAAGCCAAUUUUCCCUGGCUGCCAGACGAGUUCGUACAGGAGCACGGUCAUAAGCUGCUGCGGGAUUACGAUGCCAGUACGGCUCCCAUCUCCGUUAGCACACCACUUUCGACCUCGUUCGAUUAUCAGAAGGCACGAGACGCAUAUCUGCAGAUGAUCGAAAAAUCGGCUCUGCCUGCCGUGCUUUGCCAGCAUGCGGCCAGCUGGUUGGUAGAAGCGCACGUUCAGCUUCGCAACUGCCCUCCCACACCCGGAACAGGCCGGGAGGAUGGUAAUUUUACGCUCGAAAACCUACGCAUUAAAUGUGCCCUGCUGCUGGAGGGCAUAAGGCUCGUGCAGGAAAUGGAAUACGUGCUAGGUACGCUGUAUGCACUUUACGGUCGUAAUCCGACUGAGAAAACGGACCGAUUGAUACAAUAUCGGCGCAUGGUGGUAGAAUUUUUGCUCUCAUCCACCUGUCGCUCCGUUACUGUGCCCUGUCUGCAGUUUAUAGUUCAGCACCAGCAGCAUAAAAUUUAUACCAUCGUUAACAAUGCCAAAAAGAAGUUACUGCGCGAAGCGAAGGAAUCAAAAUCGACCGCCAGUGGUUCGCUUUGGUUGGAAAAGUUGUCCACAAUCGACGUGCUGGAAAAAUGCCUUCACGGUCCAGCCACACCAGACCGUGUCGGCUUAGCUCAGGUAACGAUUGCACUUUGCCAUGGAAAUUUGUCCAGUUCCGGAACGCCCCUGCUAGCCCUAACGGACGAUGCCUACCGUAAAGUGGAAUCGUUGCUUAAGCGACUUGCUACCUUUAUCGCUUGGGAGGAAGAAUGUGAACGGACGGAUGUUGCCGGCAAGUAUACGGCUUUACUAGGUCAAACUACUCGCCAGAAUGCACUCUCGGUGAGUGUAGUUCCUAUGAGCAAUCGCAUCGAAGCCUUCAUACGGUGGGAUUUCCAUGGCAAAUGGCAUCAAAUCGAACCGUUCGAUCCAUUCCGAGACGGUAGCGAUACCGGGAUGGCCGAUCAGAACCACACCCAAAAGCUGGUGUUUGCAUUCCUUCGCACCAAGCUUACACAGGAAGCGAACGGAAGGUGGCUCUGUACGCGACAUUCGGUGGCGCAACAUUUGAGCGACGUGUUCUACACGCUCUCGACAAUUUCACCUUCCGAGUGGCGCAUUUACCGGGAGAUGCGCUCAAUCGUGGACCGAAAGUACGGCAUACGGUUGGUGGAGGAUCAAUUACCACGCACCACGGCCGAGGAUAGGCGGGGACCGCGUGGUCACGGUCAGGAUGAUGAUGUGCUAGCGCUGAUGGAAGACUUUGAAACGUUUAUCGGUUCGUACGGGUAUGACUUACACGGGCAGUUGUUUAUCGAACGUCAGCAGGCAGCCGGUAGUGGUGGCGUAGUAAAUGUGGUUAAGAUUGAACACAUUGCCAACUCGAUUAAACGACACGGGCCUGGAAUUAUAAGCACAGUGGUGAACUAUGCAUUCCAGUUUUUGCGCCAGAAAUUGUUCACGUUUUCUCACUUUUUGUACGACGAGCAAAUACACUCCCGGUUGGCUGCGGAUGCCAAAAAAUUAACCACCGAAAGCGCCGUUUCCACUGGUGCCGCUACAUCCGCUGCGAAUGUUUCGUCUGGCGUGAGUACUGCCACUUACACGUACGACCGUGCACUCGCCUUUAAUCGGCGCAUCCGAAAUCUCGGCCUCUCCGACGAUGGUGAAACGUACGUUGAUUUGUUCCGCAAAUUAAUCUGUCAAAUCGGCAAUGCGAUGGCUUUCGUACGGAUGCUUCAUGCCGGUGCGCUUCACGAAUGUACGGGAGCGGCAGAAUUUGUUUCCAAUCCACCGAAAUCGGCCGAAGAAACGGAAAACGAUCCAGCCGUAGCGAAUUUAGGGAAAGAUUCGCAAACAAAACAAUCAGCUGUAAACAUUUGGCGACAGGAUAUGGCAACUGUGCGUGCCAGCUGGCGUCUGGAGAACGAAUUUUUCCGUUUGCUUCUCAAUGCGUUCGAUGGUUUUCGACGUCAGCGAGGAAAUCAGCCGGAUGGGGAAAAUUCCUCACCAGCGGACAGUUUUGCACAUUUGGAACUGUUUUACCUGAUCAUUCCACCGCUCACGAUCAGCUACGUAGAGGCAAUGCUAAAGGCAAAGGAAACGAUCGCUAAAAAGGAUCGCCACGGAACGUUCCUGCCAACGGACGAUGGUUUCGUAAUGGGUCUAUCCUAUUUGCUGACACUGCUCAACCAAACGGCCGCCUUCAAUUCAUUGCACUGGUUCAAGGAGGUGCACACCAAGUAUGCACGGGAAAUGGCAAAACUCAAUCAACAGACAGCAAGCGGUGCAGCAAAUCCACUGCAGACGGCUUCGGUGGAACCAACGGACGAAAAAAUGCUACCGACCGUAUCGCUUACCCGCAAACGAUUGAACGCGAUGCAGCACGAGUUCGAGCUGCUGCAAUACAAUCUGUCCAGUUCGAAAAUUUUCUUUAAAUAGUUUUGCUAAAGUAGAUUCACAAGAUGUUUCUUGAGUGAAUAAUGGCAUUAUGGUACACAUUCCGUAUGAAACUUUGUUCGUUAUUAUGAAAGUUUAUGUUAUCUACCUAGUUACAAGUGUUUUAUGAAAUUAUCUAAAAGAAAUUUUUAACUAAUA